ACAAUGACGUGCGCAUUGCUCUAGGUCCCCUUCCAUACCCUUCCUUUCUCCCUGAUCUUUCUGGAUGCAAGAUUUACAAGUUUCUUCGAACUUGAGCAUAUGGUUUAUUUAGUUGUCUUUCUUCAAAACUCUAAGUAAUCUAUAUUCAUCGUUCGACCUGAAUUAUAAUUCAGUGUGAAACAUUUAUAUUCGUAAUUGUUUCCUAUGUUGUUGGAAUUCACUCUGCCUUAACUUUAACUGGAGGUCAGGCAAAUCGAUCUUAAAAUAAUGCAUAAACCAUCAAUUAAAUCCAACUACUCCUCGAAAGGCUAUCCCAUUUAGAGACGAUAUACACGGACAAGGCUUCCCUACAAGCCUACAAAGCGCUGCUCUCGGACGGUUUUAGGGACUAACGACUAUCUGCACGUGGACUUCAGAGGAACUUGUGGUUUUGCGAGAGAGAAAAAUAUUUCCGAACUGGAUCCGGCAUAAAGAUAUCGACUCCCUGACGCAUAUGGUGCCAGUCACUUUCAUGAGUUCAAAAUCAACUAACCAGUGAUCGCUGGGUGCUGGGGAUUUAAUCUUUCUGUUCAUAACCCCACACGCUGACAUGGAGGGCUUUCUUCGUAGCAGCUUUUUACUGAGCAGAAUAAUGUCUUCCAAGCAAGCCACCUCUCCGUUUGUCUCCGUCACCGAUGGGGAGGAAGCCAUGAGUCAGGACCACCUGUCCUGGGAUAAGGAGGAGAGUGCCGAGGCCCACGGGGCGCCCCAGCUGCCCCUGCACAGCCUGCUCCACAGCAAGGGCUCCAUGGACGAACUGCAGCCCCUCAGCAGUGUCCCUCCAGAGAGUGACUGGGACAGCAUGGUGUCAGCCCAGCAGCGCAUGGAAUCUGACAGCAAUAAAGUAUGUUCCCUGUACUCCUUCCGGAAUAACUCAACCUCCCCACACAAGCCUGAGGAGGGGGCCCGGGAGCGCGGCGACCUGCUGAGCGGAUCUGCGUUCGGAACGCCGGAGCGCCGCAAAGGAAGCCUGGCCGACGUGGUGGACACACUGAAGCAGAAGAAGCUGGAGGAGAUGACAAAGACAGAGCAAGAUGAAUCCAGUUGCAUGGAAACACUUCUGUCAAAAGACUGGAAAGAGAAGAUGGAAAGGCUCGACACCGGUGAUCUUCUGGGAGAAGUUAAAGGUACUCCAGAGAGCCUGGUAGAGAAGGAGCACCAGCUGAGCACCAUGAUCACUCAGCUGAUCAGCCUGAGAGAGCAGCUCCUGGCCGCUCACGAUGAGCAGAAGAAGCUGGCCGCCUCACAGAUGGAGAAACAGAGACAGCAAAUGGAGCUGGCCCGCCAGCAACAGGAACAGUAUUAUGAAGAAGGGUGUUCCAUGAUUGCCAGACAACAGCAGCAGCUUCUGCAGCAGCAGCACAAAAUCAAUAUCCUCCAGCAGCAGAUUCAGCAGGUCCAGGGUCACAUGCCUCCGCUCAUGAUUCCCAUUUUUCCACACGACCAACGCACCCUGGCAGCUGCUGCCGCAGCCCAGCAGGGCUUUCUCUUCCCACCGGGAAUCUCUUACAAGCCAGGUGACAACUACCCGGUGCAGUUCAUUCCAUCCACAAUGGCAGCUGCGGCAGCGUCAGGACUCAGCCCCAUCCAGCUUCAGCAACUGUAUGCCGCCCAGCUUGCCAGUAUGCAGGUCUCUCCUGGAGCCAAAAUGCCGCCACUCCCCCAGCCUCCCAACAACAGUGGGCCCAUCUCUCCCUCCGGCCUGAAGAACGACAAGAGAUCCUCCAGCCCUAUCACUCAAGUCAAGGAGGAGGGAACGCAACCUCUCAACCUGUCCGCCCGGCCCAAGACGGCAGAGCUGGUCAAGUCCCCCACGUCCCCCACACACAGCCUGUUCACAGGCAGCAAGACCAGCCCCAACAGCCUGUCCAAGAGCGGCAUCCCCAGUCCCCUCGGAGGCAUGGGCCGUGGGUCUUCUCUGGACAUCCUGUCCAGCCUGAACUCCACAGCGCUGUUCGGGGACCAGGAUGCGGUGAUGAAGGCCAUCCAGGAGGCCAGGAAGAUGAGAGAACAGAUCCAGAGAGAGCAGCUGCAGCACCACCAGCAGGGCAUGGAGGCCAAGCUCUCUGCCCUCACAGGCAUGGGCCUCAACAACUGCAGCAGGGCUGACAAGAGCUGGUUCACUGAGUACAUUGAGCGGGCACACUUUGAGAGCCUUGGUCACCAUCUUAGCAAACUGGGAGAGGAUGGCAAAAUUGGCCACAGAGUCAUCGACCUCACCAGGCCAGAGGAUCUGGAUGGGUGGAAAGCUCUGAAUGGCUCUGGUACCGGAGCAGAUAAACCACAACAGUAUUAUUGUUGGCCUACAGGAGGUGCCAGCACAGCCGAGGCACGGGUCUACAGAGAAGCCCGGGGGAGGAACAGCAACGAGCCCCACAUCAAGAGACCCAUGAACGCCUUCAUGGUGUGGGCCAAAGAUGAGCGCCGCAAGAUCCUCCAAGCCUUCCCAGACAUGCACAACUCCAACAUCAGCAAGAUCCUGGGCUCUCGCUGGAAGUCUAUGACCAACCAGGAGAAGCAGCCGUUCUAUGAGGAACAGGCCCGUCUCAGUAAGAUCCACCUGGAGAAGUACCCCAACUACAAGUACAAGCCCCGGCCCAAGAGGACCUGCAUCAUCGACGGGAAGAAGCUCCGCAUCGGCGAGUACAAGCAGAUGAUGCGCUCGCGACGGCAAGAGAUGAGGCAGUUCUUCACUGUGGGGCAACAACCGCAAAUCCCCAUCAGCACCAAUGCCGGCGUGGUCUACCCUGGGGCCAUAACCAUGGCAACGACCACACCCUCCCCUCACAUGACGUCGGAGUGCUCCAGCGCCUCAGCAAGCCCGGAGCCGGCCAUUCCCGUCAUCCAGAGCACCUACAACAUGAAGAUAGAGCCCAGUGCCAUGUUAACCAACGUCCCCAUCAUCAACGGAGAGGUAGAUGAGAUGGACAUGUACGAGGACUUUGACGAGGAGCCCAAAUCGGACUACAGCAGUGAGACUGAGACACUGGAGCCCAUCGUCAGCGCCAACUGAGGCCUCUCAACACACGAGCCGAGACAUACACACAUUCGUACUGGAGAACCAUCCCCAGGGCGGAAGACUGACUGAAGGAGGAGAAACAGAAGAACAAAAAAAUACAGAAGAAAAAUAAAUGGUUGUGUUGAUGCAUCAUUUAGGAGCCUGCAUGCAUAUGUGGCUCCGUCAGAAUCAACAGCUAAAGGUCUUAAAUGUUUCUUACAGUGUGUGAAGCAGUUUGGUUUAGUUCCUUUUGUUUUUUGUUGUUUAUUAUCUCAUCGUUUAUUUUUUGUGUUUUCUUCAUGGACAUUUACACAAUUAGGUUAUUGCCUAUACAACUUUGAAUGACAGGACUUGAAAUGUAACGUUUGAUAUGAACCCAUAAUUCUUACAGUCUUACUUUUUUUCUUAUGGUAUACAUAUUUUUUUCUCUUCAGUUAAAUGCUUUUAAUAGAUUUCAUUACUGUUUUUGAUGGGAGUUAUAUAUUCUCACUCAGGUAUGGUGUGCCAGCCAACAGCUUGUGAAUGUUUUAAAUCGAAAUUUAUUUGAAACUAUUUAGAAAACAAAAUAUUUGGAAAUUCCUAUUAACUAAAAACAAACAAACAGAACAAUUCCACAAUUCUGAGACAUAAUCAGACUCCCUUAUUAUUCAUUGUAUUAGUGUUAUUAUUAGAAUAAUUAUUAUUGGUAUUAUUAACAUACUGUACAAUUUUGUGCAGAUGUGCCAAACGUUUCAAGGGUUCUUUCUCUUAAAUAAUUUGUUGGAGUCUCGAGGGAGAGACUCGAGUCUUAGACAAUCUCUUAAUAUCUUAGUGCGGCUUCAAAAUCCAGUUUCUUUAUAUACCUUCUAUAUUGAAACACUCAGGAAUCUGGAGACAGUGUGCUGUGUCUAGGGCAGGAACAGGAAGUGAUGCAAUAGCUUCAGGUGUGGUUGUUCAUAAUGGCAGCUGUUCUCCAUAGAGACCAAUGCGGUGACCAACAGGCCCUUCUCUCCCUGUCCCUCUCCAGCUCAUGUCACCAGCCCAGUCUAACACAGAGCACUAUAACACUCCCCUCACACUCUCUGCUCAUUCUUCAACUCAGUCUUACCAAGUUCUUAAUCAGAGUGAUUGUAAUCAGGCCAGGAUUCCAAUGGGCCAAAGGCAUCCAAUCUGUGGGAUUGGAAAGGCAGCGAAAGGCAGCUUUGGGGGCAUUAUAAUCACAAAUUGCUGUUUUACAAUGUGUAGCUACAGUACAUUUGGUUGAACACUUUAGCCCCUAUUGGGGCGGCUAGUUUUAAAGUCUUUGGUCUUAACAUUUUGUUGUUGUUAAAUCUUAAGUAUUUUUUGGACAUUGUAAAUCUUAAAUUGACACGGGAAGGUCUUAAAGCAGAGUUAACUACUGCAGCAGUCUUAAGAGAAGAGGCAGUGUGUGAGGGAAUAACAUCGUGCUUUUAUUAAAGGAGGGUUACAGACAAGGUAUUACAUUCUAACGAGUCAUAUUAAACACAGAAGUAUUUCAUUCAGAAGCCACACCAGAUCUGAGAUGGUGAUUCUCUACAUUCAUGCACUUAGAUAUUAACACUUACUACUUCAUUUUUCAACUAAGUUAAUAUUUUAUAUUGAACAAAAUUUGUGUUGUUUUAUAAUGACCAGUUGCCUAUUUUACAUAAAGUUAAACUUAAGUAUUUUAGAGCAAUUGAAAAUGCACUUCUGUAUUUUAUUUGCAUACAGACAAUGAAUAUGACAUAUAACACAAUCAAUCAGCUCUUAAUGUUGUGACAAUCAGUCACAAACUGAAAGUCCUUUACCUCUUGAAUGGUUAUUUUACUAGUUGAACAGAUCCCAGGUUGUUACCUAUGGAGAAACAGCUAGAGAUGGCCAGCAGUCAAGGCCUUACAGUCCAUAAUACAGCCCUCCUACAGGCCAGAAGGACUAAGUACCUCCCUCUCUGCCCUGCCCCUGCCCUGUCUCGACCCCUGCCCAUGGCAACCCCCACACCCAGGGGGUGCCAUCUGGAGUGGCAGGCAGUGCGAGGCUGGGGAGAGGAGAGAGGGGGAACAAUAAGGACGGGGCACGUAGCGCGUAUUGUGCUCUCCAUCAAAGCACAGACAGUGAGGCCCCCACCCUGGCCCAGCCACUAGGCGCUGGCGAGCAGAUGGAACAAGUACAUCAAGCUGUGGGGGAUUAUUAAAAUGACUGACGAGUGGAUAUCAUCUCAAAUGCAGCAUUAUUAAUGCAUGAGUCCGGCUAUUCUCCUCCCGUGCCCUUGAACCUGUCCAUUUCAGACCAAGCCCAGAGGUUUAAAAUGAUCUAAAUGGCUGGUCACCAGCGCUGGCUGUCUACAUGGCCAGGACUCCCUCCUACUGCUGGUCACUGCAUUACUCUCCCAGGUCUAAUUGAUACAGAUGGCUCUUUAGUACUUUUAAUUUUACUCGACCCAUUCAGAGCUGGCUUUUAUUGUGUUGUGUCCACGUUUGAAAGCAUUUAUCUUAAGUCUUAGAAGUUUUUAAGCACCUCAUUAUUAAUUUCCAUUUCAGUUUCUUUUUCUUUUUUUGGUUGGUUGGUUUCUUUGUUGCUAUUGUUGUUUUAAGGUACAAUGCUUUUUUCUAGGAUUUCCUCCCAAACACAAACCUAAACGGAUUUCCCUCCAGGUCCACAUGUCUAGGUUUUUAAGCUGUUACUUCUGUUUGCUGGUUGAUUGGUUGAUUUGUACGUGAUUUGUACAUAUUUCUAUGUCCAUGCCUAACCAAUUCAGUGGGCUGGUAGUUACAAAAGGACUGUUGAUAGGACUGAAACUUGACUGCGCUUGUAUAACAAAAAAAUUACAAAAAAAACGAAGAACUUAUAUCUCGCAAGGAGUCAAAGUGUUAUAAGCACUGGAUAUAAAUGGUAUUUUUAUCAAUUCUGACUAAUGUGAAGCUGUUGUACCAGAAAAAAACCUGAAUGAACAAAAGUCACGACGACUUGGACUCGUGGGCUCGUUCUCACAGUUACCAGAUUUGAAUCAUUUUUCAGUCUACUUGUUUUGUUUAUUUAUGCAAAGACAUGUGUAGUGAAUGAACACUUUGUCUAAGCUCCAGGGCCACCAAGGGGAGAGAGACAGCGCGCGAGAGAGACUGAGCAGUAAACUCAACAGAAGGCUUGCAUAGUAACUGGUUAGCUGAGAAACACCGGAUUUCAGACACGCAUUUUAUUGGUCACAUAUGUUUUGUGUUGUAUAUUGUAUUUGAAGCGAUAUAGUGAGUAUAGACAUUUUAUUGUAUUUAUUAGCCUCUGUUGGCUCUAAAAUUGUCAGUAGAACAUUAUGAAAGGACAAUCAGAGAGAAAAAAAAGAUGUUUAAUGAAUUGGAGCUUCAUUUUUCAGUAAAUUCACCAUUUCAUUAUAGAUUUUAUUGUAAAUACAACAUAGGAAAUAUAAUUAUAUUUUUGUUCAUAAGUACUUAGUGAAGUAUAAGUUCUGUAUUUGACUGUUAUUUUUUUCCUUCCUUUUUUUUUUACAUCAGUGUAUGUUGAUCCAUGUUCUUAAAACUGACAAGUCACUGUACGUCAUGUAGAUGCUGAAUAUUUCUCCCGGUUGAAGAGAGCAGUAUUGGACGGUUGAGGAGAGCAGUAUUGGACGGAGCUGUAGCUGAGAUAGACAGACAGGCCCCUUCUUGCUAGCGUUUCAAUGACCUCCCUCAGACAAUUCAAGGAGCCAAUCAAAACCCAAGCUGUAUUCCUUAGCCUUGGACAUUAAGGACAAACGUUUUUUAAAUAAAUAACUUCAUUUUUAUUUAAUUACAUGCACAGUCGGUACAAAUAAAGUACUCUGUAUCUUUCAUAGGGACAGUGCUAAAAUUCAUCUGAACAACAAGCCGUUAAGAUGUAUAUGUUUUUAUUAUACAACUUGCGUUUGCAAUCAUGACUCAAUCCUAGCGACAUACCUUAUCGCUUGUGUUUUGUGUUUUUCACAGCCCUCAGUAGUUAUACUGUUAUGUGUCAAAUUUGAACGGAGAGGUUGAUAGUAUCAUAAAUUAAUAGCUAAAUUUGAAUUGCACAUCUGCAUGCAUUUGUUACAUUUAAAAUUAGAAUGACACAAGAGGAUUUUAUUCAUUGGCAAUUUUACACAAAUUCGGUUCUUAGGGAGCUGAAAUUGAAGGGAGUGUGCAAAUAUUUAUUAGUUUUAACGUGGCACAAUGCAGAGCCACUAGUGUGUAUUCUAGGCCUAUACUCUUUUUGUCAUUUUCUAUUAGUUGCUGACCUUUUUAAAGGUAGCCCAUCCAGCCAUCAGCAAAGUGUAGUCAUGACCUUUUCUAUGUGUUGCUGACCUUUUUAAAGGUAGCCCAUCCAGCCAUCAGCAAAGUGUAGUCAUGACCUUUUCUAUGUGUUGCUGACCUUUUUAAAGGUAGCCCAUCCAGCCAUCAGCAAAGUGUAGUCAUGACCUUUUCUAUGUGUUGCUGACCUUUUUAAAGGUAGCCCAUCCAGCCAUCAGCAAAGUGUAGUCAUGACCUUUUCUAUGUGUUGCUGACCUUUUUAAAGGUAGCCCAUCCAGCCAUCAGCAAAGUGUAGUCAUGACCUUUUCUAUGUGUUGCUGACCUUUUUAAAGGUAGCCCAUCCAGCCAUCAGCAAAGUGUAGUCAUGACCUUUUCUAUGUGUUGCUGACCUUUUUAAAGGUAGCCCAUCCAGCCAUCAGCAAAGUGUAGUCAUGACCUUUUCUAUGUGUUGCUGACCUUUUUAAAGGUAGCCCAUCCAGCCAUCAGCAAAGUGUAGUCAUGACCUUUUCUAUUAAUCCAUCUGUCUCUCAGCCAUGUAAAUGCGAACAAGAUUCAACAACUGAAGACUAAGCUUGUAUGCUGUUUCAAUAACUUAACUUAACUGUAAUUAUUUUUUCUGUCAUUGAACUAUGUGAUGUAUAUGGUGGGAAUGUUCUCUGUGUUAAUUUAAUUAGCACAAUUCACUGACAUGCUGGACUGACAUGCUAGCUGCUGUUCAGGAGUGUAACAUUUGCUGUUGGGGACAACUUAUACAGUUGUCAAUGGUACUUUGCUUUCUAGAUUUAUUUUUUGUCUCUCAAGCAACACUGUGUGUGGCUCUUCUGUCGCUGGGGCUGUUGCUGUUUUGAAACCGCUGGCAGACUGAUACAGUUUUCUGCGUAGAAAUACAUUUCUUGGCAGGUACCUAGGCCCAUGGCAGGUAUUGUUAAGGGUGUAACUAGAUAAAAUUAAAUAGUGUCUGUUGCUGCUUUGAAAAAAGUUUUAAUUCUGAAAAUGUAAAUAGUUUAUCAUAAUAUCUUGUACAGUCCAGUGUAAAGUUUUUAAUUGAACUUAAAAAAAAGGUUGCCAUCAUAUUUGUGUUCACUUUCUUCUUCAUACAGUACAAAAGGACAGCUACGUGCUGAGGAUAUUAUUGUUAAAUUUAAAAAAGGAGAAGGUACUAAAAUAUUUUAUUUUGCUUGGCUUCAAAAUGUAAACCAGCAAGUCUUUGGUUUCCAUGUGCAGUAUUGACGUGAGGUAAACUUAAGGUGAAAUAAUUCUACAGUGGUAUGUAUUGGAGACCAGUCUCCUCUGUGUUGGUAGUAUUAAUACACUAUAUCAAAUAAAAUACACCAGAUGACUGACACAUUUGGGUGUAUCUAGGCACCUUAGUAAUGUGUGCAAAUAUCUAGGCUGUGUUCCCCACAGGAUGCAUUCAGGCAUAUUGUAAUGUAACAUCAUCUUUCUAUAUGUACUCAAUCCAUUGAUGUAACAAGGCAGGAGUGGGUUGUUUAACUGCCUGUUUAAGCUCAUUUACCUCAAGAGUUUCCUCCUUUUGCGUAAAAGAGUAAGAAAUUGUGUGACAAAGUCUCACCAUCACUCCCAUCUUUUGUACUGCUGUUGACACUUACAAAUUAAAGAGACAUUUUGUUUUAAGA